UGGCACCAAAAUCAAUGAGAAUUCCACUGUCUCAGGUGGAUGAUGAAGGAAGUGGCAGUGGCAGAAACACAUUCACCAGUUUGGAGAAAUUUCCUUUAGAUCCAUUGAAAUUUCCUUUAGAUCCAGCUUUUGAUGAGACUUGGAGAAGUAUGCCUUUCCCUGAGGUAAAGAAGUCUUUCACUGACAAAUUGUCGGCAAGCAGUGGAAAUAGUGAUCCAAGGUUACAUGGAGUUGAUGUCUCUACUUUGGCGUUUAAUUCAAACACAAUUUUUGGAGACAAUCUUUGGAAUGUGCCACAGAAUUCCAGGAGUUGCUCACUAUCUAUCCUGGAUAACAAUUAUCCUGUCCAGCAAUGUGAGGAUACUACAAGACCACACAGUGAUAGUAUAUUGAGUGAACAUGUGACUAAGAGAAAAAAACGUAAAACAGGCUUUCCUGCUACAUUUGGAAACAACUUAGAGGCAGAAGUCUCAGACAUUGAUAAGCUGCAGGUGACAAAGGAAACAGAGUCUCUUGUUAAAGAGAAUCUUGAAAUCAGUCAUGUUGGUGAACUUAUUACACUGAGCACCAAAAGUGAAAGCUGUAUAAAGAUCAAAGCCAAGGAAACAAAAACUCUAGAAAAUGAUAAUGCUGAAACAAAGAACAUAAUGUUUUCUACCAGUCAAUCAAAAUUAAGCUUGAAUAACGGUAAUAAUCGAAGAUCGGAUAUUAAUGUUGCAAUGUCAAAAACCAGUGAACUGAACAGUAGUAAGAUAAAACUUCCUAAGUCUGCCUGUCAUGUGGAAAAUUCAGAUCAUGAUAAGAAGGAGAAACGUAGUUCCCAACAUUUAGGCCAAAGAACACGAAACAGAAGAACCUUUGUGAUAGAGCCAAAUUGUGUAAAUAAUUACACAACUCAAGAAAUUGAAAAAGGAAUAUUCUUGGAAAAAAUGAGGAAUUUGGAAAAUCAAUCCCAAUGUCCAGAGUCUAGAUCAUUAAGCAAUGAAAUUCAACAAAAUGAGAAAAGCUGCAGUUAUAGUACAAAAUGCCUUAAUAAAGCCAAAAAUUGUAGAAGAACCAUUGUGCUAGAUCCAGGGCCUUCCAAUGAUAGGAACAGUUGCACUUCUUUUCAACAUGAUACUAAAAAAAGGACAGACUUUGAAAACUUAGAUAGUUUAGGAAGACGGUUCCAGAGUCCAGAGUCUAAUUCAUUAAACAUUGUGAAUACAGAAGAUUCAGUUGGUUUCCAGAAGCAAGUUCCUAAUCAAGAAGCAAUUUCAGGACUGAAUGUAAAGCGUAAAUCAAAGAGGAAGGUGCAUGAAAAUAAUGGAUCCCAUAGAUUAAGUGAGAUGGAAGAACAGAGUUUAGAUAAUAUAGAUUAUGAACUUCCACAAUCAGAAAUUAAAAAGAAAAAGCAUAGAGAUAAAACAAUGAAUUUCGAUAGGGAUAUCAUACAGAAAGAACAUUCCAGUGCCAAAGCUGAUGUGUUUGAUUUGAAUGAGAAAGCUCAAAAAGUCAGUAAAAAGAAAAAAUCAAAAUGUACGCCAUCUGUACUUCCAGUUUCUUUGGGUGAUGAGGAUAACUUUUUUGAAGGAAGUAAUAGCUCAGUCAAAAAGAACUGGGAAACCUCAACCACCCCAAACAGUUGUUCUUUAACUAAAAAAAGUAGCCAUUUAGAGAAGGCAAACUGGAUGACCAUCAGCAAUGAGGCUGGCUUAAAGAAAAAAAUGCCAACAUUUAGCAAGAAAACAUGCAUUGUAAAUGAUUUGGGUAACAACGGUACUGAUUCUGAGCCAUUCCUUCAAGAUCCAGAGGAUUGUGAAAUCACUCAAACCAAGCAGACAAAAUGGAGUUUUCUCCAAGUUGCAGACUGCAGCGCUUUGCAAAAGCCAAUUGUGGAUAUUACCAAGACCUUGUCUCUAAAUCCCAAUUCUCCUUCAGUUGGCCUUUCUAAAAGCUCUAGGUAUGUUGAAGUCCAAGAAAACCCAGAAAGAGAUUGUGCUUUGUCAAUAAUCUCAGCUGUCUUCAAGGAAAAUAUUAAGCAACUUGAGAUUUCUGGAAGAGAAGAGAAGCAGCCCAUACAAGCCAUUGCAAAAACAAGUGCAGAAAAUGCAGUCCUACAAGAAAAUGGGAACAAAGUACUGAAAAAUUUGACCAAUUCCAUCCCUCUUGAAACUACGAUAUAUCCAAGCCGACGAAGAAAAAAGGAUAUUUCCUAUGUAGAGCCUAGUCUGAAUAGAAAAUUGAGGCGUGGUGACCCCUUUACAAUUACUGACUUCCUCAGGUCCCCCAUCUACAAAGCAAAAAAGAACAAAUUGACAAAAGGAACUGAAAUGUCCAGGACACCCAAGAACAAUAAAAAGGAAAUUCAGCCUAUAUUUAGUGAUUAGUCUUUAGACAAAGAGCAACACAAUUGUUUCCUAAAUAUAUUUUUUUUCUUAAUUAACCUAGUUUUAGCUACUUAAUUUUAAAAAUAAAAUUCUUUUUUACAAAUAUUUGUUUCUCAAACUAGGCCUGUUGAAUUAUAUCAGAUUUAUUAAGAUGCAUUGGAAGACCUAUAUGUAAGCUUGAUAAAAUGUCAAAAUAACUAGAAAACACAAAAUCAGGUAUUCUAUCUUCUUACAUGUCUUCUGUAUUAUGCCUAUUGUUUACUGCAACAAAAAUGUGCCUUUAAAUUUUUAUACAACAGCAGGGGAAUAGAGUAAUCCAAGUACUGUACAGGAAAACAAGACAAAGUCAAGACAUUUAUUUUGGUUGGAAAGCAGAUUUCAUGUAAUCACAACUUUACUGAUUUUGUCCUAAAAUAUAAAAUGAAAAAAAAAUCCUUCAUUAAAUAAAUGUUCAUGUAGAAAACAGUGGAAGAAAAAAAUACUUUAUGGAGAAGAGUUAUUUUGUUGUGUAAGAGAUUAAUGUAUUCAGAGAGUUUGGAAUAAUGUUUCAGUAAUUGGUAUAAAAUUGUUCACUU